UUUCGUAAACUAUAAAUUUCAUAUAAAAAACUGUGAUUAUUGAUAAACUGUACCGUUAAAAAUGGGAUUUUUAACUAUCUUGAAGAAAAUGAAGCAAAAAGAAAAGGAAAUGCGAAUAUUACUGCUUGGAUUGGACAAUGCCGGUAAAACGACAAUCCUCAAACGGUUCAACGGCGAGCCAAUAGAUCAAAUUUCUCCAACGCUCGGUUUUAACAUUAAAACCUUGGAGUAUAAUAACUACACACUGAACAUGUGGGAUGUGGGUGGACAAAAGUCGCUCCGGUCGUACUGGAGAAACUACUUCGAGUGUACCGACGGGCUGGUGUGGGUGGUGGACAGUACCGAUCGAAUGCGUAUGGACUCGUGCCGGGAGGAGCUGGCUUUGCUGCUACAAGAGGAGCGAUUAGCCGGAGCUACACUGCUGGUGUUAGCUAAUAAGCAGGAUUUACCAGGAGCACUCACGGCGAAUGAAAUCAAAGAAGUGCUGCAGUUGGAGAAGAUUGAAACUCAUCAUUGGGCGAUCCACGGAGUCAGUGCCGUAACGGGAGGGAAACUGGUGGAAGCCAUCGAUUGGCUUGUGGAUGACAUUUCCAAACGGAUUUUCACAUUAGAUUAAUUGGUAAGUCUUUUAUUGCAUAAAUAUAAUCUUAUUUAUUUA